CCUCGAGAUCAUGGUCAUUGGUCACAAUUGUUUUGAAUGGAGCAAAGGAGGCGUAGUACGUAGCUAGGUGCGGGGUUGAACUAAUUGUUGCUUGCUAUUUUGGGCUGAUGCACUUACUCAUAGCACAGCAAAUUGUUCGCGACCGCAGUAACGCCCAAAUAAUUCCUCGAGUUAGUAUUCAUCUGCAAGCAGCACAUGGGGUGCAACCGAAAAUGCAGCUUGCACCAGCACUGUCAUAACAGUGUACAUGGCUACAUGCUAAUAAGUUACCCAGAAAACCGCGACGAACUUCGUCGGUUGAAAAUAAAAUUCACCGGACACCAUGAUACAAAAAUAUGACAUCGAUAUGGUACGGUUGCAACUGAGGCUGUGGUCCCACCAUGUGAAUAUGUGCUGCCAGAUCAUAAACGUGGAUCUCAUCAUGCACAUCAUAACUUUGGCCACUUGUGAGCUGGCAAUUCAAGUACUUCAUCACACAUGCAGAACAGCAAGAAUUGCAUGGGUUACCGCGUCGGAAAAGAUUGUGUCAAAGUCAUGCCGGUCCUUGUCAUUCAAGAGGAGUAGCAAGCACCUUAUUACUAUAACCUCAUGUUGGCUCAUGGCCAACUAUUGCUAUAAUCUAAGAGGGAAACUAUCAAUUAGAAUAUUGGGACCUGACAUGGUCAAUUACUAUUCCGGGGAUAGAAUGAAAAGUAAGAAGGACUCACGUGUCGAGGCAUUGAUGAAUCGAGAGAGAAACUGUCAAUAUUUUCAAACUUGGUACGUGGGAAGGUCUAGAGAAUUGGACUUAGGAGAUUGGGGGAUUACACUCUUGUUCGUAGGUUCUAAGAACUUGCGGGCUCACUGGCUCCGCCUGAAGCACCAAGUUCAUUCUACCCCGCGAGACCAUGCCAAUGUCGAUAAACACAAACCUUCUGCCGAAAGGAAGAGCGAAUAGACCAAAACACAAAAGAGUGGACGAGAAGAGGUGGGAAAUGGGUGGGGAGGACACAAUCGGCGAGCGACACGUAAAUGAGGAUGAGUGCAGGGAAGAAGAAAGAUCCGAAGAACAUGUAGUCGAUUGGCCAGUCACGACCGUGAAAUUUUGAACGGCGCAAGCCCAGAUGAGUGUUUUACUAGCAUAGAA